UUUUACAUAUUGAAAACCUGGGGGUUAGAAAGCUGAAAGUAGAGGAGCACCAAACCUACAAGGAACCAAAAGUUUCUAAGGAAUUUUCUCUCUCUUAUGAUUUUUCUUUUUCUCAAGAAUCCAACUUUUCUCUUUGUUUUUCACAAAUUUGUUUACAUCUGCGGGACCUGAGUCCCUGACAUAGCAAAAGAAAGAUCACCCCUUCAGCCAACAGCUGCUUCCCAAGAACAAAGAAAAAAAAAACAUAAUUUUAACAAAAGAAGAAACUAUUAUAUACAAAGAGAAAUAGUGAUAAUCUAUACUUGUGGAGGAAUAGUUAGCAUAAAUAUAUUAAGGAAAUAAAGGAUAAACAAAAAAAAAAGGGUUUAAAGCUUUUUUUUGGGCAGGUAAUGGGGAGAGGAAGAGUGGAGUUGAAGAGGAUAGAGAACAAGAUAAACAGGCAAGUUACAUUUGCAAAGAGAAGAAAUGGGUUGCUCAAGAAAGCUUAUGAAUUGUCUGUUUUAUGUGAUGCUGAGGUUGCUCUUAUCAUUUUCUCUAACCGUGGCAAGCUCUAUGAGUUUUGUAGCAGUGCUAGGUUGAUCUGUACCUAUUGUCGUAUGGCUUCUGGCAUGCACAAGACACUUGAAAGAUAUCAGAAAUGCAGUUAUGGAGCAGUGGAAGUUAGCAAGCCAGCCAAGGAGCUUGAGAGCAGCUUCAGGGAGUACCAAAAACUGAAAGCUAGAUAUGAGGCCCUACAACAAACUCAAAGAUAUCUUCUUGGUGAAGAAUUGGGCCCCUUGAACUCGAAGGAGCUUGAGCAGCUUGAGCAUCAACUGGAGUCAUCCUUGAAAAAUGUCCGCUCCACCAAGACCCAAUAUAUGCUUGACCAGCUUUCUGAUCUUCAGAAUAAGGAACAAAUGUUGAUGGAAGCCAACAGGGCUUUGUCAAUAAAGCUUAAUGAAAUUAGUGCAAGAAACCAGUUUCAAGCAUCAUGGGAAGGUGGUGAGCAAAGUGUAACAUACAGUAACCAGCAGACUCAAUCUCAGGGCUUAUUUCAGCCAUUGGAAUGCAAUCCAACUUUGCAGAUAGGGUAUGAUCCUGUCGCUUCAAACCAUAUAGCUGCUGCUACAACUCAUGCCCAGCAAGUCAAUGGCUUUAUCCCUGGAUGGACGCUCUAAAUUUUUGCUUGCACCAAUAUGGUUAAUGGUCAUAAACUAGUAGCUUACCUACUAGGUAAAUGCUUCUUGAUGUUGGAAAUAUGUAAAUGGUUUCAAGAGCAUGCAUAACCUGCAUUGACAUAAAAACAGCUGUGACUGAAUGUCGUAAGACUAUUGAAACCUUGAGCCAUAGACAAAAAGGGCGUGCGAUCAAUUUAUAUAUUAUAUUGCAAGACUUGACAAAGACUAUAUAUUUUUGUUACUUCCUUCCUUUGAUCUUUCGUGUAUAGAGACAAAUAAU